GUAGUAUCGGUAUAGCAGUGCGUAGUUGCAUAUGUCAAAAUAUGUAUCCAAAGUUAGUAAAUAUUUUUAAAAAAGAAGUUUUAUUAAAGUUAAUGUAAUGUUGAUAUUAAAAAGUGAACAUUCAUCUCUAAUUAGACAGAAUGUAUACUGUGUUUACAUGUAAUUCGUAGAAAUUAGUAAAGUGUUGAAAAUGGGUGUCCCAGCGAUAGGCACGGGUUUAUCUCACAUAAGAACCAAAACUUACUGUGAGUUUUACAACCAGUCAAUGUGUUUAAAUUCACGUAAAAGUGGUCAUAAUCAGGGAUGUUACGAGAAGAUGGAAUGUGAAGCCCAAAGUGUGGAUAAACGAAGUCACUGUUAUGUUGUCUGGACGAAGGAUGCAAAUGGCAACACAAACAUAACAUUAAAAGGGUGUUUCUUAAAUAACGAAGAAUGCUACGAUAAAUUUGAAUGCGUAGCCAAGUCACCUACACCAAAGAAGGACUAUUUGUUUUGUUGUUGUGAAGGUGAUAUGUGUAAUACAAAUUUCACUUGGCAGCCUACAGCAUCAGAGAGUCCUCCGAUCAAAGCUCCUGAACCACAUCCAGAUAAUGUCCCUGUAUUAAUGCCAAUAUUGAUAUGUUUCUCAGUAGCAUUAACAUUAAUUAUAGUUGGGGCAUUUGUUAUGUUCUGGCUGUAUCGGAGAAACAAACAUGUAUUUAAUGAGUUGCCAACAAUGGAAACCCAUCCUGUUCCAUCUCCAUCUCCUUAUAUGGAUCUGAGACCUAUACAGCUCCUUGAAAUCAAAGCGAGAGGAAGAUUUGGAGCUGUUUGGAAAGCUCAAUAUAAAUCUAUGGAAGUUGCAGUAAAAAUAUUUCCUGUACAAGAUAAACAAUCUUGGUUAUCAGAACAAGAAAUUUACAAACUACCUUUUAUGAAUCAUCCUAAUAUUCUGCAUUUUAUUGGAGUUGAAAAAAGAGGAGAUAGUUUACAGUCAGAGUUUUGGCUUAUCACAGAAUAUCAUGAAUUGGGAUCACUUUGUGAUUUCUUAAAAGCACAUACACUGUCAUGGACACAAUUGUGCCGAAUUGUGGAGUCAAUGACUCGUGGAUUAAUUCACUUGCAUGAGGAUAUACAUGAUCCAAAACCAGGAGAUAUGGGAAAACCUGCAAUAGCUCAUCGUGAUUUCAAAAGCAAAAAUGUGCUUUUGAAAAAUGAUAUGACAGCAUGUAUUGCAGAUUUUGGUCUUGCUUUAAUUUUCUAUUCAGGAAAGUCAUGUGGAGACACCCACGGCCAAGUGGGCACUCGUCGUUAUAUGGCUCCCGAGGUUUUGGAAGGAGCAAUAAGUUUCACACAAGAUGCUUUCCUUCGGAUAGACAUGUAUGCUUGUGGAUUGGUUUUGUGGGAGCUGGUGUCCCGUUGUACAGCUCAGGAUGGUCCAAUACCCGAAUACCGUCUUCCAUUUGAAGAAGAGGUGGGACAGCAUCCGAGUUUAGAGGAGAUGCAAGAGUUUGUAGUGCAAAGAAAGGUAAGACCUACCAUACCAGAAACAUGGAGAAAUCAUCCCGGUCUGGCAACUAUUUGCGAUACGAUGGAAGAGUGUUGGGACCAUGAUGCAGAAGCGAGACUAUCUGCUUCUUGUAUCAUGGAGCGUGUUAUGAUGCAAUCUAGAUAUCAAUUCACACCUGUUGGAUUAAAUUUCGACAGUGACAAAUCUUUGAAAGAGAAUAGUCUCUGAAACAAUUGAGUGUGAGAGGUAAAAUUAAUUGUACCUGUGUAGUUGUUGUACAAGUACUGUUGUUAUUUUUAACGCAAUUGUGGAUAUUUAGUUUUCUGGACAUGUUUGCCUAUUUCGACGUUAAGUAUUUAAACAAGUGCAGAGUUUAUUAUAAUGAUUAAAAAUUAACACAUUAUUUUGCUUAGUUUUUGUAAUUUUAUCAAAUGCAUUUGCACAGCUAUAUAACUGUAUUUUUCAAGCUCCUUUUAAUUUAUUGGACAAUUUGAUUUUUAUUUUUAUUUUGAAAACAUUUUUGCAACUUAUUGCUCUAAAGAGAUUACAAGUUUAAUUCUUGUACUUUUUGUUUAAACAUUUCUGGAUUGUUUCGUAAUUCGUUUAAAAAUUAAUUAAGGAAACGUAGGUGACAUUUUUAUUUGUUUUUGUUUUUGAGUAUUUCUUAAAUCUUCAUUUUCCUGGAAGUACAUAAAGCUUUUCUUAUAGAAUUAUAUAUAAUACUAAUAACAGACUUUAUAUUAAAAAAAUUGCGAGUCUUUAAUAGAAGUCGCCAUUGAUGUGCAACAUCUAACUUCGCUAACGAGCAAAAUUUUCGUAAAAAAAUUAGUCGGGUGUUGGUUGAAAUGAUUUUACAUAUUUAGUACUAUUUUUAGUGAAUGUUGUAUUUCCACAUUACACCCCUAAAAUUAUUUCGUUUACAUUGUUAUUAAUUGUUUCACAACGUACCUACCUAAAAUAGCUGCAUUGCAUGAAAUUAGUCUCAUAUCCGAGCAGUGAGAAGUUACUCAUCAAAAUCGGUUAACAUAACUUUGUUUUGCUCUUGCCUAUAAAAUCGUCUUUUGUAAAAAUUUUGUUUAAUUGCUUAUAUAAAAAGAAAUAAUUGAAAUGAUGACUCAAGUAUUAAUAAUUACGGUUUUAGUUUUUUAGAACUUAAAUGCAUUACUUAUUUCUAUACCAAAUAUACAAUAUUUUUUCCGCCAAAGAAGGAUAAUAGGUACGAUGCGUGUGAUUAUGAUGUACUUCUUUUUUUUUAAGUAAAUCGUAACCAGUGCGGGUGGAACGAACAUAUUUAGACCACUUUGACUGACGCCCCUAUGAUUACUAAAUUAGGUAAAAACUAUACCCAAAUUAUUUGUUGUUAUUCUUCGUAUCAGUUUCUCUUUUAAUGUCAUAUUCGAUCGACAUCAUCGCAAGCGCAACCAAACGAUAUCUUGUGUUAUUGAAGAUUGCAAAAUAAUUUUUUACAAAUUUUAAUUUAAAGAAAGUUCUUCCUUCUGAUGCGACUAAUAUAUGGGCAAUGUUAAUAGGGCACGAAACGUCACAUUCAUCAACAUCUCGAAUAUUUACGUCUGUUGGAGACAAUUCAAAAUUUUCGCAUUUUAUUGAAAAUUCUUUGUUACGACAUAAAUAUGAACAAAGAGGAAAACAGAUUGCUGUAAUUUCGAAGCUUCUGAAAUUUCUCUGCUAAUGAAUUCGUAGCUGUAUCUAGGGUGGGAAAAAAUAAAUUUACGUUAUUAAACGUCUGUUUUGGUUCUAAGUCUCCAGUAUUGCCAACUCAGUGGAUUUUAUGUGGCUAUUUCUGUUUUUCGAUGUAUUUGUGCUGUACACUAGGCUUCCAGGGUCGCCCAGCCCUUCCACCGGCGCUGAUCAAAAUACAAAAUAAUGUAGACAAAAAAAACGUAAUUUGUUCCUCCUAACAAUUUUGUUUUAUAAAGAGCUGAA